AACAAAGGCGACAAAAAGUUGAAGAAUAUCUAUCCAGAAAGAAGACUUUUUCUGGUGUUUCCAUGCAAGAAAACGAGGGAUCAGUCAGUAGCAGAACUAGGAGAGCUACUAGCAAUAAACUGCCAGGCAACUUGCAGCUUUCAACAUCUCCAAAGCCAGAAAUGGAAAAUAAAGAGAAUGCUGAUGAACUGUCAUGGGACCAAUCAAGCAUAAGCUCAGAAAAAAAUGUUAUAAACUCUUCUACAAUCCCACUGACAAGUUAUGUGUCAGGGCCAAACUGGAAUCCUGGAGAUCAUGCUUCCAAGGAUAAAGUGAGUGGAAUAAAGCCUCAGCAUGCAUCUCUUACCAAGGCCUUUCUAGAAAUCAAAAGAAUAAAAGAGAAGCAAUUGCUUGCAGAAAAACAAAAUGCGAGUGCCAGCCUACCAAAGAAACCAGCGCUUGGCACAUAUCGUGGCAAAGUUAUCCAAUCCAAGGUAAAUUCCUUCCGAAAAGCAGUAAAAUCUGAGGAGGAAAAGAGUUCUUUGCCAGACAAGAAGCUUCUUCCUUUGGCUACCAAACCAGCAGCAAGUUCUUUGGCCAGGAAAAGCUGCAGUGCAAUUCUGAAGACCAUGAAAGUCACAAACAACCCUAAAUCUAUAAACCCAAAUGGUGUCCUGUCACUCACCAGCAAACCAUCUGACAAAGCUGCUAUUAACUCACAGCCUAGUCUGAAGAAACAGCAACUGACACUUGGUGUAGUGCCGAAGAAAGCAACUGUCCAAAAACCGAUUGGUGGAAGGGAAGAACAGCCAGCGAAGAGUGCUUCCAACAUUUCUAAUCGCGGAGCACUAGGUGUGAAAAAAUGUGCAGAUUUUUGUGAAGAUGCAAAACCAAUUUCUCUUGUUCAUGCUACAAAAUUGGGACAGAAUUCCAAACCUAAUGGCAGCAGAAAAUUUAUUUUGCCAAAAGAGUCAGCAGAAGAUAGAAGAGCUCGCCUGAAUGAAUGGAGGACAUCUACAGGAAGAGCGAUGAGGAGACCUCCUAUACAUAUGCUUCAGGGAUCUGAGUCUAAAAGUGAAGAAUUCUCUUCUGAUGCUUUAGAGCACGUGUUACGCAGUGAAAAGGUCAAGACCACUCUCUCUGAAUGCCUGCAGUUAACAGAACAGGGGUGUCAUGGUGAUGAAGUACGUGCCAUGUUGGAUGACUUGACACAGAGAAUUCCUGGGGUUAAAAAGCUUGCAAAAUACUGGAUCUGCUGUAUUCGUCUUGAACAGAUGAGUCCUCUUGAAAAACUAAUUGCUGUCUAUGAGGAGGCUAUUCUGGCAGGAGCAAUGCCUAAAGAGGAACUGCGACAUGCACUAAUAGAUAUUAUGAAGAAUACUGAAACACUUUUUAAGUCUGAGAAUGGGGGAACUGUGUUAGAAGCUCAUUUAAGUGAGGCAGUGGAAGUCAACAAGGAACCAAAUUCAUCUGUAGAGACAGUUCAGGAAAGCUUCAAGGAUUUCUGUUCCAAUGACCAAAAAGCAGAGAGCAAUGACAAGAAGGAGGAGAUAAGCAGUGAAGCUAUCAACAAAGAAGAAACACAAUUAGACUUAAAACCAAAAGAAGAGAUAUUGCCAAAAAAGAAUAAAAAGCAGAAGGCUAAAGGACGUUCCAAAAAGAAAGGAAAAUGUGAAACAGAAGAACAGAAUGAGGAAGGGCUAAAAGAUGUAGCCCAAGCAAGUAAUUCUCCUGAGAAGGAGAAUGACACAUCAAUGAGAUACAAUCCACCUACCACACCACACUUGGGAAGUGUAAAGAUGCAUCAUGAGGCAAAGGAGUGCAGUGCUAAAGAGCUGAACAUUGUAACCCCUUUGCGAUAUUCUCAACGCAUUCGGGAGAAGGUGUGCAAGGCAUCUGAUGCUUCUAAUGAUCAAGAUCCAUCUGCCACUUCAUUUGAACAGCUGGGAGACUUGGAAUCAAAAGCCACUGUGUUUAUCCACGAACAGAGCAAUGCCCUCCGAGAAACAAGCGCUGAAAUAGACGAGUAG